AUGAUUAUGAUUGAAGUUAUCAUUCGAAGAAUCGAGGUUACGCAAAGCAGCUGGCCAGGCGAAGUGCUGAAGGCGGUUCUCAAUGUUUCGGGAGGAUACCGAGAGGGGGAUGACCAUUGUGUCGUUCCCUGUAUUGCGGGAAGUUUAUGUGCACGAUUAUGCCUUCAAGAAUUGAAGAAAAAAGCGAAUGCUGCAAUCAUCAGGAAUGCAGGACGUCCGUAUGAUAACCAAUUAGGAACUGUUAGGAAGGUUGAAGGGGCGAAAGAGCAGGCACUCGAACCUGGCGGUCUGCAGAGAGCAUGGAAAUCAGUUAUCCACCACGCGAUUCGAUACGUAAGAACUGCAAUUAGAAUAAAAGCGGAUCGACCGGACAUCCUGGUACACGAUAAGAAGCGACGUGAAGUAAUCCUGAUAGAGAUUGGCAUCACUGGUCAUGACAGUGCUUUAGAAAACGCUCGAAAGCAUCUCAUUCGAUCAGCGCAGUGGAUUCGACGAGGACGAAGCAGCGAAGAUCAGCACAGCAGAACUGAGCGUGGGGCGAGUGCAGCGAGAAUGCCAGAAUAUGUUCCAUCGCCAGAAUCCAUGAUGCAGAAAAGGGGAAUAACCUCCGUGUGA